AUGAACAGGAAGCCGGGAGACUGGGACUGCAGGGCGUGCCAGCACCUCAACUUCAGCCGUCGGGACAUAUGCCAGCGCUGCAGUGAACCACGUGGGGUCGCUGAUCGUGGCAGUGGUGGUGGAGGUGACUAUGCCAACUUUGGUGGCCGUGGUGGUUCCUCCUUCGGCGGUGGCUUUGGUGCUGGCUCUGAUGUCCGCCCUGGUGACUGGUACUGCUCCUGCGGUGCACACAACUUCGCCAGCCGCUCCAGCUGCUUCAAGUGCUCUGCCUACAAGGAGGAGGCUGCUGUAAACAGUGGUGCUGGCGGCUUUGAUAGUGACAUGUCACGCUCACGGGGCUACGGCUCCGGCAGCGGUGCUGCCCGUACCAACCGCCCCGGUUGGAAGUCUGGAGACUGGAUCUGCACCAGGUCUGGAUGCAACGAGCACAACUUUGCUAGCAGGAUGGAAUGUUUCAGGUGCAACGCACCACGGGACUCCGGCACUGAGGCGUAG